AUGCUAAGAGAUGUAUUAGAGAGAUGGGCAUUCCCUCUUACAGCAGAUUCACAUUCUGUAGCUGGACAAGAAUAUCUUAAAUAUAGAGGUAAUGGUGUAUACCAGGCAUCAAGUGUAUCAUUAGGUGUAGGUAGUAAGAUAGGACCAUUAGUAUCAAUAGAAGGAGAGAGUUAUAUAGGGGAAGGAACAAUAAUAAGAGAAAGGGAGGGAAUAAUACUUCCUCCUUAUACACGUUGUUGCUCUAUUAACUCUCCUUUGCUGCUGCAGCAGCAGCAGCAGCAGCAACAGCAGCAGCAGCAGCAGCAGCAGCAGCAGCAGCAGGAUAGUGAUUAUGAGGAAGGAGAAGGAGAGACAAAGGGUCAUAAGACAUCAUUAGCAACAGGAGGAAAGGGAGAAUCACCAGCAGCAGCAGCAGCAGCAGCAGCAGCAGCAGCAGCAGCAGCAGCAGGAGAUCUAGGUCCUGAUGGUAAAGGUGUUAUAUAUAAAGAGUUGCUGCUGUCUGCUGCUGAUCUAAGCAGCAGCAGCACAGGAUCAUCAAUCUUACCAAGAAUUAAAUUACCUAUACCUAAAUUCUAUCAAGAUGAUGAUUAUUCAGAGACGGAGUCUCGUUCAUCAGAUAGCUGCAGCACAUUCUCUGAUGAAGACGAACCAUCAAGCGAACCCCGCAGCGGACAAGAGGGAGACAGUUUUGCUGCAGAGAUAGCAGCAAUGUGCAUAGAGGCAUUAGAUAAACCGCAGCAGCAGCAGCACAAGAUACUAGAGAUAAAAUCUUAUCGUCUUGCAUGCAACAAAACAGAUCUAGAUGUUGCUGAGGGAUGGAGUGACUACGUAGAGAAGCAUCGUUGCCGCUCCUUAUUGUCUCCUUUCUUAGGGGUAGAAGGAGACAGCAGUAAAUUGUCUCUUUUUCUUCUAUGGGGGGAGACUGUCUCCUUUUGUGCAUCUCCUUCUUUUUCUUAUAAUAAUAGUAUAGAGGAGGAGGAGGCAGCAGCAGCAGCAGCAGCAGCAGCAGGAGCAGAAGGGGAAGAAGUAGCAGUAGCAGCAGCAGCAGCAGCAGCAGCAGCAGCAGCAGCAGAAAAUCCUCUCUAUGGACCUGCAGGCUUCUGCGAAGCAGCAGAGCUGCUGCUUGCUGCUGAUCUAUUUGAUGUUGAGGUGUCUCUACCUAGAUGGGCUGCUGCUGCUGCUGCUGUUGCUACUGCAGCAGCAGCAGCAGCAGGAGAUGGGGGAGAAGGAACAACAAAAACAGCAGCAGCAGCAGGAGAGAAAAAGGAGGAUAGUAGUAGUAGUAGUAGUAGUAUUACUAAUACUACUAACGGUGCAGCAGCAGCAGCAGCAAGAGCCCAAGCAGAAGCAGCAGCAGUAGAUGCUGCAUCUAUAUUAGCAAGACAAGGAGAAGAAGAAGCAGCAGCAGCAGCAGCAAUAGCAGCACAAAGUCUUAAGGGUUUAUCUGCUGCUGCUGCUGUCCUCCCCUUCCUUCGUAACCCUAGGCUAGAGGCAUUUAUUCAAUGGAUUAAGGAGGAGGACGAGGACGAGGACGAGGAAGAAGAAGAGGAUGAAUAA